AUGGCUCGCCUAUCCGCAUGCCACAUCGCCGUAUGGGAGAGCAAAUCAUGCUCACUGCAGUCCCUUCACGAUUUCCGAUUCACAAGAUCUCGACCAAACAGUCAUUAUGCUGCCUCGAAAACGGUUCCUAUAGAAGAACAUUGUCGGACCCCACACAAGGGCCAUGGUGCUCAAAACCAACAUGAAAGUCUGCAUCUGCAGUCUUAG